AUGCCAGCGUUGAAUAGCCCGGAUGCAGUACCUGGUGAAGAAUUCGACUAUGAAGCCCUCCCACCGAACUAUGGACUUGGACACAAUAUGUUGGCCGGCGCGUUCGCAGGCAUUGCAGAGCACACGGUGAUGUAUCCAGUGGACUUGAUGAAGACACGAAUGCAAGUCAUAAAUCCUUCGGCCGGCGGUCUAUACACGGGAUUGUCGCAUGCAGUCUCUACGAUAUACCGAAUAGAAGGGCUGCGGACAUUAUGGCGCGGUAUGACCAGCGUCAUCGUGGGCGCAGGUCCUGCUCAUGCUGUAUACUUUGGCACCUAUGAGAUUGUGAAAGAGGCGGCUGGCGGAAACAAAGCAGAUGGCAAACACCAUCCUCUCGCGGCCGCUGCAAGUGGCGCAUGCGCAACAAUCGCGAGUGAUGCACUCAUGAACCCUUUUGACGUCAUCAAGCAACGCAUGCAGGUGCACGGCUCAACUCACCGGUCCAUAACCCAGUGCGCCCGCUCGGUCUGGCGCGCCGAAGGCUUAACCGCAUUCUACGUAUCCUACCCAACGACACUGUGUAUGACGGUCCCAUUCACCGCGACACAGUUUAUGGCCUACGAGUCGUUGUCGAAAAUCAUGAAUCCACGGAAAGAAUAUGAUCCGAUUACACAUUGCGUGGCUGGUGGCUUGGCCGGAGCAUUCGCGGCGGGAAUUACCACUCCACUGGACGUGAUCAAAACACUAUUACAGACAAGAGGACUUAGUCAACGAGAUGAUAUUCGCAAUGUACGAGGCUUGUUCCACGCCGCUGCGAUUGUCAAGAACGAGUUUGGCUGGAGUGGUUUCAUGAGGGGAUGGCGGCCCAGAAUCAUCACGACCAUGCCAAGCACCGCCAUCUGCUGGUCGUCAUACGAAAUGGCAAAGGCGUACUUCAAGAGAACGCUUCGAGAAGAGCAGGCUCUCAAUGCUAACAAGUUAUGA